AUCAACAUACUUGUCCUGAUGCAUUCGACAAAAAUUGACCUUCUUGAGCAUCAUGACAUCAAGUAAGUUAAUGCACAUAUGACAAGAGAAACACUGACCACAAGGCGCCUGUUUGAUUUCCGCCUUACCCAAGCGAGCAGUAGAUGGUGCUUCCUGUGCAAACCGCAGGUUAGUCACAUGAUCAAGCUUCCACGUUCAGCGCUUUGUUCCGCUUUACCUCUUCCAUGCAUCGGUAGGAAGUCGAUCGCUUACGCUUCAAAGUUAUUGAGGUGUAAACAAUGCUGAUGUCAAAAAUAUAGUUAAAAAGAAGAACCAAGGAGGACGAAGACAGACGGACAAAGAUGGAAAUGCAGAGAGGGAAUCCUUCAUUGUUGGACAAGAGGCCGCAGGCAGUGGAGGCCAAUGGAGGAAGUCACCAGCCUUCGUCUCUUCCUGAACUUCGCUUGGUUUUACUAGGCCGCAAAGGUGCUGGGAAAAGCUCCGCUGGAAACACCAUCCUAGGCCUGGCGGGAGGGUUUGAGACAGGCAAACCGACCGAGGAGUGUGUGAAGAGGCGAGCCGACGUGGCAGGAAGGCGAGUUACGGUUGUGGAUACCCCAGGCUGGGAAUGGUACUAUUCAGUGAACGGGACUCCUGGUUGGGUGAGGAGAGAAACGAAGCGGAGCAUGUCCCUGUGUCCGCCAGGUCCCCACGCCGUGCUUCUAGUGGUGCGAUCCUGUACUUCGGUGACAGCCGACUACCAUCGGCAGAUCGAGGAGCAUCUAGAGCUGCUGGGCAAAGCGGUGUGGGAUCACACGCUGGUGCUGUUCACGAGGGGAGACGAGCUGGGCUCGGUUCCCAUCGAACAGAGGAUUCGAAACGGCGGCAAGGCCUUCCAGACGCUCCUGGAGCGGUGCGGGAACAGGUUUCACGUUUUGGAGAACAAGCGGCGCGUUGACGACGGAUCGCAGGUGAGGGACCUGAUGAGGAAGAUGGAUGAGCUGGUGGAGGAGAGAAGG